UCUGUUAGUGAUGUAUUGUUGUACACAAAUCUUGAUAUGUGCACCAUUAUAAUGGUCAAAUCAUCACAUAUGCCAAGAUAUUAAUAUUGUUUGUCUGUAUAAGUGAAGGAUACAAUCUCGUUAGGUUAACGAGAGAGUAGUUAACUAAUUAACACUAGAUUUGGAGGACACCAUCAGCUGUUCCAGGUGUGAGGAGUGAUUUACCUAUAAUAAUUUACAGGUUUUUGUGUGACUGUAAUGACAUAUAAUUGAGCAUCAAACAAUCCAGUGGCAUAUAUGUGAGAUUUAUUUGGCUGAUUAAUCACUUUAUAUACAAACUUUGUUGAUAAAAGUAUAGAAUACUGAUAGUCAGAUCUAGAUGUACUUGUAUUGAGAGUCUCAUUUAUUAUUUACACAUUAAUUGAUCUUAGCCUAGCUAGCAUGACAGAUUUCAUAGCUUAAUACUGUAGAAUUAUUUUCCAAUAAUACCGUAAUUCAUUAAUCGUUUUUGAAAGCUGAGGACAUUGCGGAAAAAAAUUAUUGACUUGACUUGAUUAGCCUCCAUUGUGUGCAGAGGUGACAUUUUCUCUCGUUUGUGUUGUGGAAAGGAAGGCAUUCACAAUGUUUAAUUUGUUCAUGUCAACUAUGUUUCUGAAUACUCUGACUCCCAAGUUCUAUGUAGCGUUAACUGGUACCUCAUCACUGAUAUCUGGAUUAAUCUUGAUAUUUGAAUGGUGGUAUUUCAAGAAAUAUGGAACAUCCUUUAUUGAACAAGUAUCUCUAAAUCACAUAUCUCCAUUGUUGGGUGGCACAGAUGGACAACAGAAUGACAACAAUAAUACAAACACAAACAGUAAUAACACAACCAACACAACACAGAAUCAGACAACACAACAGUCUAUGCCAGAAUGUAAAGUAUGGAGAAAUCCAUUGAAUUUAUUCCGAGGCUCAGAAUAUCAGCGAUAUAAUUGGGCGAGGGGUAAAGAACCAUUAACAUAUUAUGACAUGAAUCUCUCAGCACAAGAUCACCAAACAUUCUUUACAUGUGAAUCAGAUGCUGGAAAACAAGAAUUUGAAAUAAUGCAAAGAGCAUGGAGGGAAAGAAAUCCACAGUCAAGAAUCAAAGCUGCUAAAGAUGCAUUAGAGAAAAACCCAGAAUGUUGUACAGCUAUAAUACUGUUAGCAGAAGAAGAUACAAGUUCUAUAGCAGAUGCUGAGAAAAUGUUUAAGCAGGCUUACAAAACAGCAGAAAUAUCAUACAGAAAAUCACAACAGACACAACAUCAAAACUUACAGCAUGAAGCAACAUACAGACGAGACACAAAUGUGAUAGUUUAUAUAAAAAGGAGACUUGCAAUGUGUGCUAGAAAAUUAGGUAGAACAAGGGAGGCAAUCAAAAUGAUGAGAGAGUUAAUGAAAGAGUUUCCCACAUUAAAUUUAUUCAACAUACAUGAGAAUCUCAUAGAUGCAUUAUUAGAAGUACAAGCAUAUGCAGAUGUACAGGCAUUACUAGCUAAAUAUGAUGAUAUCAGUUUACCUAAGUCAGCAGCUAUAUGUUACACAGCAGCAUUACUAAAAGCAAGGGCAGUAGCCGAUAAAUUCUCACCUGAUACUGCUUCAAAGAGAGGAUUAAGUACAGCAGAAAUGACAGCCGUAGAGGCUAUACACAGAGCUGUGGAAUUUAAUCCACAUUGUCCAAAGUAUUUACUAGAAAUGAAGAGUUUAAUCCUUCCACCAGAACACAUACUUAAGAGAGGUGAUAGUGAGGCUAUAGCAUAUGCAUUCUUUCACUUACCACACUGGAAAAAAGUAGAUGGCGCUCUUAAUCUUUUACACUGUACAUGGGAAGGAACUUUUAGAAUGAUACCAUAUCCCCUAGAGAAAGGACAUUUAUUUUACCCCUACCCAACAUGUACAGAAAGUGCUGACAGAGAGUUAUUACCAGCUUACCAUGAGGUGUCUGUGUACCCAAAGAAAGAGUUACCUUUCUUUAUCUUAUUUACUGCUGGUUUGUGUUCCUUCACAGCCCUUCUAGCCCUCCUCACACAUCAGUACCCAGAACCCAUGGGUAUGGUAGCAAAAACAGUAAUAGGAUGGUUAUACAUGCCUAUAAGUUAUGUCUUGGAGAAGCUUGAGGCCAUUUUACCAUCCAAUCUUCUUCAUCAACUGUCUCGUAUAUAGACUAUGGAUCUGUUUUAGAUAUAGAAUACCGGUACACAGUAUUUACCAACGUUGAAGGCAUAAGUCACACAACAGAAGCUACCAAGAAUUACAACUAUUGUCAUUACAAGUUACAAUAAUAAUGGUGGCCAUUUUGAAUUUUUAAUCAUUAUAAUAUUUAAAUUCACUUCAGGGUAAAUGGCAUUUCAUGGCAUUAGAUACAGGGUAAAUACCCAUACAUAAGGCAGCUUAUACUUUAUGAUUUCAACAUUACAGACUUUAAAAUAUAGGCCAGGGUGAAAUUUUUUUAUGACUAAUUUGAUUUUUUUAGCAUGCAUUUUUGUAUUUUACAAGAAUUUACAAUGGUAUCUCCUUGUUAACUGCUUCAUAAGAUAAUAUAUGUUAAUAUCCUGGGUAAAUGCAAAUAUAGCACACUUUAAAUCAUCAUGUUCAACCAUAGAAAACACUGCACCAAGGUAUCAAAUCUGCAAAACUAUUCUGCCCAACAAUACAAAAGUAGAGUCAAGUUGACUUGGAUGGAGAGUUGUCUCAAUGGCACUCAUUCCACAUGUUCUUAUAUCUAUCAAGUUUUAUACUUAUCAUCUUGUUAAUAACUUGUCUUCUUUUGUAUUGUUGGACAGAAUAGUUUUGCAGAUUUGAUGCCUCAAGUUAUACUAAGAUGAUCAUUAUUGACUUAACCUUCUCAUGGUAAGCUUCCAACAUUUUAAGAACAUACUUCGUUUUUUGACUCAGAAAAAUUCAAAUUACCGGUAAUACAUAAAGCUGGUUUUAAAGCUAUGAGAUAAAUCAUAAAUGUCAACUUUCAACUGUAUGACUUAACUUAGUUUCUACUCUUACCCACCUCAGCAGCAAUAUUUACAUAACUUAUGAUAGUUAUAUAUAUAAGUUUUCAGAAAACCUGACAAACUUUUAUGGUAUUGAUGAAAUCUGUAUGGGCAGAAACCAGAAAUUUUGAAACUUGGCAAAAUUGUAGAAAAAUUAAUAUAUAUUUUAGACAAUCUUAAGCUAAAAAUUAUAUACAUUGUUUGUAUUUUACAAUCAAUAGGAGGAAACUGUAUGUCCUUAAUCUUCUGAAUCUGCCACUGGAUGGCAAGUCUGAAGACAAAUAGUUAUAACUGUAAAAAAAGAAGAUGUGGUAUUAUUACCAAUGAUACCAGCCUUCAUAAGAGACCAAAUGACACAGAAAUUAUCAACUAUAGGUCACCAUACAACCUUCAACAAUGAGCAAAGCCCAUAGUUCAUUGUCAGAUGUAAAUGGUUACUUCACAUUCAUGAGUUCUCAAACAUGGCUAUAAAAGUUGCACAAGAUGAUUAAAAAUUUUCUCCGAGCGUGUGAGGGUUUACCAGCCAUCAAGAAUUAUUAAACACCACCAUUUAUAAAUUUUCUCCUUGCUAAUGGUUAAAAGUUUUUAGGUAGACAUUAAAUUUUGAUUUUAUUGAGGCUUGCUGAAUAAUGUUUGAGUCUCAUUUUAAAUGGACUGUAAGAGGAUACACAUGAAUCUCAGUAAAUUGGUUUUAGGAAUAUGACAGCUAUGUUAAAAAUUGUUUAUUUUUUCACAUUAUCCAUGUCAUGAAAUUAUUACCUGCGCUUUACAAAUUAUCAAGACAUAGGUGGUAUUUUUAAUUUACCUUUGUUUAUGGUAUAUUUAAUAAUUAUAGAUGUCUUUAAUGCUUAAUUAGAUUUUAUUUACAUGGAUUAGUGUCAGGUUAAACUUCACCUUUAGGCAGAAAGAUUAAAAUAUUUCAGACAAAAAUAAUUUAAAUCAUUUUACAAUGUGUCAGUCUACCUGCAUUAAACUUGGUAAUUCUUUUUUUCUCUUUCAUUACUGAAUUACUCAUCAGAUUUUGAAUCUUACUGUUUUAAAGUAAAUAUUUUUAGGAAAACAAUAAAAUUUAGAAGAAUAAAUUUUACCCUUCCUUUAAUGAAUGUUGGUUGUUGUGGUUCAUUCAAGAAUGUUAGUUUGGAGGUGGGUAAUCAGGGGUGUAUCCAGUCAUUUUUAAUAGAGGGGUACCUUACCCAGGAGAAGAGGGAGUUUUAACUAUAUGCCCCCUUUUAAAUGCAUUGAUUGUCCAGAAAAAAGGGGGUUCCCACCCCCAGAACCCUCCCCGAGAUUCACCACUUGUAUUUCAUUCAUAAUUGAUGUCAAGUUGACUUUGUCAAACUUUUAUGAAAGAGAAAAUUGCCAAGCGAAAUUGUUUCCUUGAUCAUCAACCUUUGAAAGAGUUUAACAAUGUUUGGUAAAAAUAUACUACACAAGACAGUUGAUUCAUAUCUUUUAAAAUAGCAAGACAUUUUUUUCUCUCUCCUUUUUGAGCAAAUUUUACGAUAAUUAGAUUGCUGUUUUUAAAACUUGCUUUUUAGGAAGUAAGAAAGGGAUGGAUAAUUAAAAGGGGGGUUGAAAAAAAAAACUGAGAAGGGAAUAAGUUGAAGCUUAAUGUCUUAUUCAAAGGUAUUUUUCUAUUGUUAUAUAUUAUAUUAAGCCAUAGUAAUGUCUGUAUCUUUGAUGAAUUCAAUUUUAAAAUCUAUGAUACCUAGGUAAUAUGGUAGCUUGUGUUCUUCAGCUUAUGACAGAGUAAAACAUAAGAAAAGACAAGCUAGUAUGAGAUUAUAUAUUUGUUAUAUGUUAAAAAUAAACAUCAUGUCUUCAAUAAAUUGUUAAUGAAU